AUGCACACUAUUUUGUCGUUAUCUAGCUUCGAGAAAACAACAAAACAGCGUAAGUCAGAGAAAAAGUUGUGACGAUCUUUAUGCGCCCCAUGUCCGAGCAUAAGACAAUGUUUUUAUUCCAAACAAAGUUGGAAAGAACUUCAAAUUAAUUACAAAGUUGAUGAAACAUUGGUGCUUUAGAGCAACAAGAAAAUUUUAAAAAAAUCAAUUUCUUUUGCGCAUUCUUAGAUGAAAAUGCUUUCGAAAACAUAUCUUCAAUAUCUUGGCAAAUUUUCCUCGAAUUUUCAAACUAACAAAAAAAAUGCGUUUGAAAAAUUUUGAAUUAAAUAUUUUAAAUAAAAUUGAUUCUGCCAAGAAAGCUUUGCUGCUGACCCAGAUGCGUUCGAUGAAACUUUCAAAACAAAACUAUCGAAUGCGUCGUCGAUCCAUUUUCUCAUGCCGUGUUCAAAGUAAUUUCCGCGAAAUUCAAAAUAGCUGUCAGAGAAAGGAAAAGAUCACUAAAUUUUGGAGAGUCAGAGAUCAUUUUGCAUUUCGCGGAAAUUACUUUGAACACGGCAUCAACUUUGAAACCUCUUAAGAGGCCCCUCAGCACAACGACGCUCCGCAACACACAGUGAGUUGGAGCAACUUUGGACCAUCGUGAAAAUUUUGCCGACGUGUUCGCAGUUGAUCCCCAAUGAAUGGGUUGUUUCGGAUAUAUUUCUCAUCUGAACGCCGUUAUAAUUACUUUGAUUCAUAUUUAAAAUAUAUAAGAAUACUAAUUUCUUUGUCAUUUUUCUACUUGCGAAUAAUUUUUUUAUUGAAAAUAUUGUAUUAAAGGCGUAAUGGCAAGUUGGGAGGAAUAUCUGGCAACUCAACAAAAUGUCGACGGGGUACAGUUCACCUGGAACAUGUGGCCUCACAGUAGAAUCGACGCUCAACGGUUGGUCGUCCCGCUUGCCUGCUUUUUCACACCGUUGAAGGUGAUUUUUCGAAUAUUUUGCACAGUUAAAUUAAAAAAGCUUUGGUCCCUUUGUCGAUUCCACAGAUUUCAAUUAUGAGCUAGUAAUUCAGGAGCGUCCAGCCGACCAGCAUCAACAGCCUCCUUUGGAGUACGACCCAGUUUUGUGCCAAAAAGCGAGCUGCAAAGCGAUCCUGAAUCCAUUAUGGUUUUUUUUUUUAAUUUACAGAUAUUAGAACUUUUCUUUUCGCAAACAGUUCAUUUUCGUUGAAUUGAUGCUUCAGCUUUGUCGACUAUCGUGCCAAAACCUGGCUCUGUCCAUUCUGCAGCAACAGAAACCCGUUUCCGGCUCAUUAUGCGGCGAUUGCUGAGGACAAACGUCCGCCUGAGCUGUACCCACAAUUCACUACCAUCGAAUAUACUUUGAGGGUGAUUUUCCUUAUUUUACUUUAUGAAGAAUCUUUUUUGUUUAGAAGGCUACCACGAUGCCUCCGAUUUUCGUUUUUGUCGUGGAUACUUGUAUGAACAACGAGGAGCUGAAGUCCUUGAAGGAAUGUCUUCAGGCAAGAUUUUCUUCCUUUUUUCAAAGUUUUUUUUCUAAGCUUUGAACUUACAGCUCCUUUAUGUCUUGUUCGGAAAAAGAUAUUUUUUUAACCGUUCUUCGGAAUAAUUUCGUUUAUCAGAUUUAAAACAAAAAAAGAAAAAGCCAUUUUUCCAUCUUUUUUUUUUUUUAAAAUUUCAUCAAAAAAUUUAUCUUGAAUUUUAAAUCUUAAUUACAACUACUUUUUCCGUCUGGAUUUUUUUUACGAACUUAUUAGCUAUUUGAAAAAAAUUUCAACAAGAAUUCAAGAAAAAAAAUAAUGUCUAAACUCUACAUAGUCGGCCGUCAUUUGUUUUGAUUUCUUAGGUUACACAUUUUGAGAUAUCGCAAUUUCAUUUCAACCUGGAAGAAAGCUUUUUUUUGCAAUUAAAUUUUUUCAAAACGUUAAUUUUAGUUCUAGAAAAAGCUGAAAAUAACCUUGGUUCGAUUUUACCUUUAAAGUUCUUAGGAGAUUGUUCUAGGUGGAAACUUGUAGGCAGGUUUUCGCGCAGAGUUUUUUUAACGUCAAUCUGAUAUUUGAUGAAUUUUCCGAUCCGCUUGAAAGAUUCUAGAUAGGUAUUGAUAAUCUCGAAAUCCACAAAAGUCCUUUCAUUGUUUUGUUAUUUCGAUUCAAAGUUCUCACUGUAGGUUCAUGACUGAGGAUGGUUUAUAGACAGCGUUGUCGCUUCUGCCCGCAGACGCGCUCGUCGGCCUGAUCACUUUCGGCCGGAUGGUCCAGCUGCACGAACUGAGCGUUCAGGGAAUCGCCCGGAGCUACGUCUUCAAGGUAUUUAUCUCAUUUCCUUUUAUUAUUUUCGUGAGAAGUCGCGUCUCAAAGCGACUAAUAUUGUCUCUUUUGUCCUCGAUUCUAUUUUCAAUAAUAAUCUUUCGCGGAAUUGGGUAUAUUUUUGUUAAUUAUUUUUCUUAAAAGUAGCUGGGAUAAGUAAUUGAAAAAGCUUGGUGCACUAUUUCGAAGCGCUUAUGUCAUCUUUGGGAUAUUCUCGUCUUUCCGUGCUCAGAAGUUUGAUUAAAUGGGAAAUCUUCAUCAAGUGAACAUGUUUGCCAAGCACAACUGACCAUAACAAAAACAAAACAACGUUGGCAGAUAUUGGAGCAAAGUUCUUCAAGCGGUUUUUCUAGAAAAUUGAAAAAAAAAUGUUGAUUGAUCAUUAGGAUUUCUCAACAAGUGAACUAUAAUUGAAUGACAUCGACAAAAGCGCAGAUCCCAAUUAAAAGUUUGUUCCGAUCUGGGAGCUGCAUAGCACCGGCUUAUUAAGGAUUUAAAAUAAGUGUGUCCCUCGAGCGGAUUGUCAUCGACGACCCAUCACGAUGUUUCCGCCUAUCCGCGAGAGCCUCUUUAUCUUUCCUCUGUAGUUCUGAAAAUCGACUCAUUCGGGACAUGGAGAUAUGGUGUGACAGUUGACUUUUUCUCAUUAUGCGUUCGCUUUUGACAAGUCACUAAGUAUGUUUCUUUUUCUUUUCAGUUUAAAAAAAAAUUUUUUCUCUUCUCUAAAGCAAAAAUUAAUAGAAAAUGUAAUUUAUGAUGAACUCAGUAGGAAUAUUAUUAUUUUUUCACUAUCUCCCGCAUUUUCUUCGUUGAAAUGAGCAAGCAAAUGCGUAUAUUCAUCGGCGAUAAUUAGAUUUGUGUUUGGCCAAAAUAAUAACCAACGAACCGAGCUUCUGUCGGCGUGCAGGUGUCUCCGAAGUAUCUCUUUGUCCAAAACGAUUUCCAAUUUAGAAAGGCUCUCGAAAGCUUCUUUAGCGACUUCGUUGAACUCCGGUGUCGGCGCGGCCGAAGUUUGCCAGAAGAAUGUUUGCAGAAGAGCAAGCAAAAAUAUCUCGAUGAGCAUGACAAAGCUGUGUAGUGAAGUAUUCCGUUUUUCUCUGCAAAAAAAGCAACGUUUGUUUCACUAGACAAAAAACGAUGUAGAAACGGAGCAUAUGAUGAGCGAGGAAGAAAAGAGAAAAGACAAGUUAAAGAGAAGAGAUUCUCUCCGAGCGAGUUCUGGACUAAUGUAAGAGAAUCUGGGAAUAUUAGAAUAAAAGCGACAAGGCGGAGGCAGCGGUGUUGUCCCGCCCCUAACGGACGCCGAUUAUCGCGGCUUUGUUAGUGGAGGCCUUAAAAUCCCAAGCUUACAUUCCAAGCGACCCUUAUCUUGGCUCGACGGGUAUUUCACAGCGGCUAAGAGAUGGCUAAGAAGCUUUCCUAUUUUUUUAAAUUUCUCUGUUCGUUAUUGAGAAUCUGGAAUAAUCGUGCACAAACACGGCUGAAACAAACAACACCAAAUACUUUGGGGGAUCCGAGGACUUACUCCUUUUCCAUUUAAACCCAGCCUUAGUGAAAGCAAGAUGGAAGUUCUACGAAAUUAAAAAAAAAAACUGAGAAAUGCAAUAGGUAUCAUAAAAUUUUAUUUACAAAUCGUUUGAAGCAGCGAUUUUCCUUCUCAUCUCACUAAGCUUCUGUAGUUUCGAAUGGGAAAUAGUUGACUUAUCAGGCUUAGUUUUGUGACGCUUUCAAAAAAAAAAAAACGUGUUCCAGGGAACGAAAGAAGUGACCCAGAAGCAAAUAAAAGACAUUCUCGCCUCUAACAUUGGCGGUGUUCGUGCCGGACCGGCAGCUGCGGGGCCUGCAGGACCUGGUAAUGGUUUUCUCGUGUCUGUGGCCUCAUUGGCAGCCUUUAGGCGGUGUGCCAGUUGCUCCUGGUGUCCGCGGACCUGCUGGAGUUCCAGGGGGAGUCGGGGCUCCAAAUGCGGCUCCGGGUCAGGGAGCUGGACCUGCAGUCCACGGACCUCCACAAAACAAGUUCCUACAGGUUUGUAUUUCUAUUUGGCUUCUUGAAAAAACUGUUUUCUUUCAGCCUAUCAGCGAAUGUGACGACUCGAUUAACGAUCUGAUCGACCAGAUAACCUGCGAUCGCUGGCCGGUUCCUCAAGGACAUCGUCCUCUGAGGGCCACUGGAGCCGCUCUGGCUGUCGCUGUGACUCUCCUCGAGGUGGAGCACGUCUGACAUGAAUAUCUUCAAUUGGUGUAGUUCAGGCGAGCUUCCCGAACACUGGAGCUCGCAUCAUGUCCUUUAUCGGCGGUGCAUGUACUCAUGGACUCGGAUCUGUCGUUGGCGAAGAACUCAAAAACCCAAUUCGCUCGUGGCACGACAUCCGCGAAGACAACGCGCCUUUCAUGAAAAAGGCCUCCAAGUUCUACGAUUCUUUGGCUAACAGAGUCGUCAAGAACGGCCACGCCGUCGACAUCUACUCCUGUGCCUUGGAUCAGACUGGAUUGCUUGAGAUGAAGAAUCUUUUCAAUUCAUCUGGAGGUUCUCAUGGGUGACUUCUUCUGAAUCAAGGUUUUACAGGCCAUGUUGUCAUGGGCGAUUCCUUCAACUCUUCGCUUUUCAAGCAGACCUAUCAACGCGCGUUCGAAAAAGACGCCAGUGGUCAUUUGAAAAUGGGCUUCAACGCGACCAUGGAGGUGCUUCAAGAAAGAGAAGAUAGAGAUUAGAGGGAGAAUAGAAAUAUCUUGAAUUGAACAAUCAACUUAUUGUAGAUAACAUAGCUCUUAAAAAUUACUUUCAACUUCUUUCGUUUUUCUAUGAAUAUUUUUCUAACCAGGGAACGUUUUUUACCCCCCGGUUGAACUUUUGCUGAAACUUUGCUGAAGUGUACUUUAGGACCUCCUGAUUGCAGAUCAAGAAAAAAAUUUCUCGCAAUAGAUCUUCUUUUCGAGUUAUAGAGCUUCGAAGUGUGCAAAAUACGCAAAUUAGGCCAAAAAAGCGCUAUUUCGGGCUUUUGAAGUGUCCUAACUCGAAAACGAGAUCUAUUGCGAGAAAUUUUCUUUUUGUUCUGGAAUCAGGAGGUCCUAAAGUACACUCCAGCAAAUUUUCAGCAAAAGUUCAACCGGGGGGUAAAAAACGUUCCCUAGUAAGGGGUUUUCUUUUCAAAGGAUUCAUUGGAUUUUCUAUAUUUCAAACUCAACUGAGAUGAUCUGUUAAGGUGAAAGUGGGCGCUGGUCUGAAGAUCGAAGGCGUCCUGGGAUGCUGUGCAUCUGGAAACGUUAAAAACGCGGCGGUUUCCGACUCGGAGAUGGGCAUCGGCGGCACUUGUCAGUGGAAGUUCGGCGCCAUCUCGCCACGGACCACGAUCGGCGUCCUUUUCGAGAUCUGCGCCCAGCACGGCACGGCCAUCGCCCAGGGAGCUCGCGGCGUCGUUCAGUUCGUCACGCAGUACCAGCAUUCGGACGGCAGAAAGCGAAUCCGCGUGACGACAACCUGUCGAAACUGGGCCGACAUGACCUCUGCCCAGCAGAACAUCGCCUAUGCCUUCGACCAGGUAGGAAAUGCGAAAAAAGAGUCCACAAAUACAAAAGAAUAUCGAAAAAAAAAAAACAAAAAGCUCAUUCAAAUAACCCUAUGGUAUUUUGGGAAGAAUCUCAAAAUGUUCCUAAAUAUUGUUUUGCCUAUUGGACUUAUUGAAUUUUCAUUGGUUCCGCAAUAGAAAUUUUCCGAUUUUUUUCUUCAUAGGGCUAGGGAAGAUGAUUCAAAAAGUUUUUUUGUGAAUUAUCAUCAAUUUUUUUAGCUGGGUUCUGUGAUUUUUAAUUUAAAAAAAAAAUAAGAGACAGGGUGGAGUUCACACAAAUGUUUGAUUUUUUUUUUCUGGAGUGUAAGACUUUAAAGAAGGAACAAGAAUAUCAGUGUCGGAGGAGAGCUUUUGGAAGAACUGAGGCAGCGAAAUCCUUGCAUUAAUGAUGAAAUCUUUAACAUUUGCUAUGCAUGAACAUAGCUAACUUUAAAAUUUUGUUGACUUCAAAAUGCUUUCGCGCGUCAUUUUCAUCAAGUAAAGCAUUGUAGAUGUUUGAAAAACCUCUUCAAGGGUUGAUAUCAUGACUUAAUAUAAAUAAGAAGGCUUUGCAAAGUGCACUAACCGUUGAUAAUACACAGUUUUCUGGAAUGGAAAUGCAAAAAGGAGAGAAUAGACAGGUCGGUAGUAUAUCAUGAAGGGACAAGUUUAGUAACAAAUGUCCUAUGAUGUGAAGGAUUUCUUAAGCACCUUGUAGUUCUUUUGGAUAUCUCUCUGUUUUUUGUUAUGUGCUAUGCAAUGUGAACAAAAGUACUAUUUUCUCAGAAGAAAGGAUGAAUAAUCCCCAGCCGUUCUUAUUUUUUUUUUUGUAGUUAGUCUUCCUUUUAUCUCUUACAAGGAACAACAGAGGCCCAAAUCAGGGACUCCGAAUCUGAGAUUAUCGGAUUCAGUAGUUGACUUGUGAAUUGAGUCUCGAGAAUCAUUUUCAUCCGAGUUGGGAUGACUUAUUUCCUCAAAGAGAGAUUUGACCCCUAAUCUGUUUUCAAUCAGGAAGCGGCGGCCGUGGCGAUGGGUCGUCUGGCGUCGUUCCGGGCGAUGAAUGAGAACGACACUCCAGAAGCUCUGAGGUGGCUCGACCGCACCUUGAUCCGACUCGUUAGUCAAUUCUUAUCACAAAUCCUCGGAUUUCAAUUGAUCAACUACAUAAUCCUGUCUUCGCCUUGUGCUCUGUUCUCUUUAUGGUGUUAUCGCGACGUUUUCAGUGUCAAAAAUUCGGGGAGUACGCCAAAGAUGAUCCCAACUCGUUCCAAUUCCCGAGCAAAUUCUCUCUGUUCCCUCAAUUUAUGUUCCAUCUGCGCCGUUCCCAGUUUCUGCAAGUCUUCAAUAAUUCACCGGACGAGACAGCCUAUUAUAGGUCUGUUUUGAGAAAGGAAAUUUAAAAGCAUAUUGAACUAUAUAGGCACGUCCUUUUCUCGGAAAAUGUCGUUGAGAGCACUACGAUGAUUCAGCCCGUCCUGUUUAGCUACUCUUUCAAGUGAGUUGAAGAAUGGGCUACCCCAGUACUGAGAUCGAAUUAAAAAAUAAAGAGAAGCAAGAGAGAAUCUCUCUAAUCUAAUUUUUAAAACAAUCGAUCUUGAUUGUUGAGCGGACUUCCAAUCAUUGGUUUCAAAAUUUUCCGGUAACUUAGUUCUGCUCUGGUACUUCAGUUUUCUCAGGAUCUUCUAUUAUUCAUGACUGUAGGUUUUUGUGGAACACUGGUAAGUUUAUAAGUUAUUCACUGCUGGCUUGAGACAGGAAUCAUUGAGGGUCUUCAAAUAAUAAGCGAAUUCGUUUGCGAAAAUGAAAAUUAAAGAAGUCUCUGUGAAUUUUUUUUGCCAAGUUAAAUUAGCAGAAGUACAUUUUUAAGCUUCUCUAAAGGGACUUGUGAGAGGAAAAAUGUUUCAGCGGUCCGCCGGAGCCGGUGCUUCUGGACACGUCCUCGAUUUUGCCCGAUAGGAUUCUUCUCAUGGACGAUUUCUUCCACGUUCUCAUCUUCCACGGCCAAGUGCGUGUUCUAGGCGCGUCGUCGACUAAUCGGCUUUUGCUUGAAGACGAUCGCCCAGUGGCGCAAGAUGAACUACCAGGACGACCCGCAGUACGCCUCGUUCAAGCAACUUCUCGAAGCUCCUGUGGCUGACGCGACCUCCAUCCUUCAAGAGCGUUUCCCCAUGCCGCGUUACAUCGUGACCGAGCACGAAGGAUCUCAGGUUGGCUUUUCUGUUUGUCAGUAGUAGCUCCAAAUGUUAAGGCACGAUUCCUGUUUGCCAGAGUCAAUCCAGCUCUCACUCAUAACAACCCCUACGCGACGGUUUGUUUUCUUUUUCAAUAAAAUAUUUAUUUCGAAAGAUAUCAGAAGACUUUUCAAAGUUCAAGCUCAGAGAAAUUACAGGAAUUUUUUCAACUCAAAAGAAAAGAAAGUUUCAGGAAGCCGGCGCGGCUGUGUUCACCGACGAUGUGUCUCUCCAAGUUUUCAUGGAGCACCUCAAAAAGCUUGCUUGCUCCUCUUCCACCUAA